ACAAAAAAAAAAGAAAAAAAAAAGUGUGCAAUUCUCUAAUAUCUUUGAUUUAUUUGAACUUUGAUUCUCAAAUUUAUCUUUCACUGAAAAGAUCCGAUCACUUUCCUCUACUCCAUUCUUCUUUCUCAAAAUCAAUGGCGCAACUCUUGUUUCGUGGAAUUCUCCAUGUCAAGACCUUCAGCAAGGCCAAUGAUGUAAAUCUAAGAGCUCUUGCUACCAAACCACUGUCAAAAACAGAUUUGUUUUGUGGAAAAGCUAGAAAUGUGCAAUUUUUUGCAAUAAAGGCUAAAACAUCCGCGGAGGCAGAUGUGUUUGAUAAUGAUUCUGCUGAGGUUAACGACAAGGAUGGUUUUGGAGUUGUUGGCAUCCACCAUGUUGGAUUCUUUUGUGAGAAUCUUGAAAGGUCACUGCAUUUUUACCAGGAUAUUCUCGGUCUACCAAUAAAUGAGGCACGUCCACACGACAAGCUCCCCUUCAGGGGUGCUUGGAUAUGGGUUGGCGCUGACAUGAUACAUCUUUCGGAGCUUCCAAAUCCUGACCCAUUAACUGGACGGCCAGAGCCAGAGCCAGACCGCCAUGCCUGCAUAGCGAUACGAGAUCUUUCCAAGCUAAAGGAUAUCCUCGAUAAAGCUGGCAUACCCUAUACCCUUCGCCCGGGACAGCCAAGAAUCUUCACCAGGGAUCCGGAUGCCAACAUGCUCGAGUUUGCACAGGCAGAGUGAUGCAUUGAUGAGUAGUAGCUGUAUGCUUGUUCUUUAAAAAUUAUUUUAGAACUUUUGUAUGGCUUUUGAAGGUUAGAACUGUAGAUAAUCAUGCAACUCCUACACGGCUACAUCUGUUUACUCUUUUGUAAGUACUUGGUAUUCUUCAACACCUUCUCCAUUACUUCAA